CAGCUUCCUUUCCCACGGCAAGCUCCAGAGCCCGAAUUUCAAAAUGGUACGUCCUCAUGCGCCUCCUCAAAUACGCAACAUGCGGCAAUUCUCGCGCAGCAGUCUCGUGCAAUGAACUGUCAGCGCGCUGGCUAACGCAGCUGUUACAGUUACCCCUCGGUCUCUUGAACGCCGCCCAAGGGCACCCUAUGCUCGUCGAGCUGAAGAACGGCGAAACCCUCAAUGGCCACCUGGUCAUGUGCGAUACCUGGAUGAACCUCACAUUGAAGGAGGUUGUCCAAACGAGUCCGGAAGGCGACAAGUUCGUGAAGAUACCCGAAGUUUACGUCAAAGGAAACAACAUCAAAUACCUACGAGUACCCGACGACAUCAUUGACGUUGUGAAGGAGAACCAACAGAACCAGCAAGGAGGAUUCCGCGGUGGCAGAGGUGGAUCGAGAGGAGACCAUGGCGGCCGCGGAGGUGACAGAGGUCGGGGCAGAGGCCAGGGUCGUGGAGGCAGAGGAAGAGGUAACCGUGGUGGUGGCGGUGGGCAAUGAUGAUAUCCCGGACACGAUCAUGACGAGCCUAGUUGAUUCGCGGCUCCCACCGCUACUUUUCACGAUUUGCAAGAAGAUUACGGCCCUCUGAAAGCUGUAGACAUCCAUAUUGGACGUCUCGCACGAAAAGGAGUUCGAAGGCGGAUGCCACUCGGAAUAAAAACGCCAUUGGAUCAGCAUUGCGUUAUCGGCCUUUGGCCGCCCGCCUCGGGGGCACGCGUAUCAACAUAAUCAUUUUACGUUUAAAAAGCAAGAAGAUAUUUCCAUG